CUCAUCCCCCAUGCCGCCUAUAUGAUGGGCCAUGGCAUGAGAAGAGGAAGCUGGGACUCAGAGCAGCGAGGGCAGCAGGAUUAGACGAUAGCUGGGAAAAGCAAAUCCGUGUAGCUAUGCCCCUGCUGUGGAUAUGCUACAAUGGGGAGCCCAUUCGUACUGGUCAAUGACGAUGAUCGUCUGUUCCAGGAGUGCGAGAAGAUUUUGUUGGGCAUCCCACGUCGAGGCGGUGACAUCUUCAGCUGUGCCCUGACCAUCAAACAGUUGGCCGCGCGUUUGCCCCUUGGCUGCGCCAGCGACAUCAGCGUCAAGAACGUCCGCCAGGUGCUGAGCCAGCCUGCGCACCAGAACGUGCUGAUCGCGCUUGACGAUGUCAACAUCGUCCACGUCAAAAAGUUUGAGGAACAGCCGCAGGCAGCGGGCACGGGUGUAGCGGAGGGACCAACGGGCGAGCCCGAUGACGCUGCCUGCAACCUCUGGGAUGCGCCUGCGUCUUUAGGGGACGCCGAGCAGGAGGGAGAAGAGGAUGCGUGCCGACAGGGCCUGAUGGACGGGGGCGAAGGGCAGCGGGGAAUGCGGAAGGAGCGAACAGAGAGUGGGGCAGUGCAGGCGGCAACAGCAAGCGCUAGCCCAAGCACUGCCGGGGAAAACAUGGAAGUUAUGAAGCAGAGGGAUCCCCCUAGGGCAGACUUGGGCGUGGAAAAGCAAGGAGUGGCCACGCUGGGAACGGGGCAGGACAACGAGCCACGAGGGGCGAGUGCGCCCUUCUUGUUUUUUGGAGCAGUAGGCGGGCCCAGCAGUGCCCCUGCGAAAAAUGGUUUCUCCAGCCAGACGUCCAAGGUGGACCCGGGGGAAGCCGCCGGGGUGAAGCAGCCAAAAACGACUGCUGGGGCCGUGCCUGCUGUCGCCGUUGUGAACGCGAUUGCGGGCAGCCAGAAUGCUACUAGUCAACUGGAUUCUGUGGCGCCAGGUGGAGGGCGGGGUCAAAGCGGUGGCGCGGAGGCCAGCAGUGGGGCUGGUCACGAGCAGGAGGAGGGAGAGGAGGAGAGCGAGGAGGAGCAGCUGGGCAAGCUGAGGCACUGCCAGGACGAGAUCAAGCGGCUGCUCUUGGAGCGGCACUCCCUGGAGGCCGCCCUCACGGCCAGGCUGACGCAGCACGCGCAAGCAGGGCAGGCGGCCCGGGCCCGCCAGCUUGCGGCGCAGCUGGCGCACAUUGUGCGGGACAUGCCGCAGCUGCCAGGGACAGGCCCCGAGCAGGCCCCACCUGGCAGCAACGCGCCGAAGGGGGUCGCUCCGCAUCUCUCGGAGUCUCGCAGGCACGAUGCAAACGGCCACGCAGCGUCUCCUUGUGCUGGGCGAACGAGUGGGCGGAUUGGAGGGCAGGGGGCGAAAGAUGGGGGGGAGAGCGACGUGGAGGUGAUGGACGCACCGCCGGCGGCAACGGAGUGGGCCAAGAAGCGGGAGACCGCCCUCAAGCGGCGGCGCGAGGGGCAGAGCGGAGACGCCGAGGCAAAGCGAGCGAGGGGGCCGGAGAAGCGGGAGCACGAAGCGGAGACGGGGAUGACAGGGCAGUCGGAGCUGAAAAAGGGAAAGGAAACAAAAAUAAAGGAAGAGAUGGACCAAUCUCGGGUUGGCCAGGAAGGAUACGGCACCACGGGGCAAGGUGUGACGAAAGUGGAGGGCGGUGGACUUGCUAGCCGCAGUGCAAACGCGAGCGAUGGAGGGGCAAGUCCACCUGCGACAGAGCUUGCUCUGGGAGGGCCGCCCGGCAGCAGCAGCGGUUUUGGGAUACCACCAGCGGCCACAGGGAAGGCCGGUCCGAUGGAGCAGCGGGCCAGCGACGUGGAGGCGGCAACUGCGUCAUCUUCCCGCUUUCCGCCGGCGCUUGUCACGGCAGUGGAGGAGCUGGGGGGGGACGCACUGGCGGGAUGGGCGGCGGUGGCGCAGGCAGAGGUCGCGGCGGAGGUGGAGCGGCGGGGCAUCGGCACUGGCGACGAGAGCGUCGUAGGCAAAGGGCUUUCUGUGGUGUGGGCGAAUGGAGUAGCCGGGCGGGGAGAAACGAGCAGCGGGGAAAGGCCUCGGGAGGCACAAGGGGAGCAGCUCGUGCGGGUCCCGAGCGAGAAGCCGGCGGCAGGCAAUGUCGUGGUUGUCCAAACCACGGCAAGUGGCGGUGCAAAGGCUGGAGCAGGAGAGCAGGACAAGGGGAAAGCCCAUGUCGCGGAGACGUACGGGGAGGCACCGGAAGGAGGGGCGCAGACUGCACGGGCCGGGGGCACGAGCAACAGCCCGAGCGAGCAGACCACAGCACCAGCGGCCAGACAGGAUGCAGCUGACACCAAGGUGGUGGGCCUGGGAUUCAAGCGCAAACGGCAUGGGGCUGCGCCUAAACGAAAGCGGCUGGAGCCGGUGGAACCCGUCCACCUGGAUUGGAACAUCAACGGCGAAGACGAAGCAGCGUCUGCACUCCUGGAAUCAUUGCUGACCCAGUGCAAGGCAUCCUCCUCGGUGGCUGAGAUCGACCGGGGAUGGAGCGAAACACCCCAGGUUGUUGCGAAGAGCAAGGCUGAUGUUCGGCUGGAGCCACCGACUGCAGAGGCGACUGAACCACCGAAGGCCCAACCAAGCGCCAUUCAGCAUCGGAAACAAAAGCGUCCUCGAAGACUUGUCAAGUCGAGCCAGUCCAUCUCCUUUUGAGUGCUUCGCGUUGUUGACAAAUCGCAGCUCCACGCUUGUGGCACUGGUCAAGAAAUUUGUGGCGAGCAUUGAGCAGCCAUCUAAGGCAGUACCGUCAAUAUUGCGUUGCAUAAUGUUUCUG